GGUCAUUUUAAGCUGAUGUUACUUAUUUUUUGUACCUUUCGAUUUGCAUACGUAUUGAACAUUGCUACUUACGUUUAUUCCAGUGAUAUCCGCUGAACCAUGGUGUACAUUUAUCUCGUACUUCUUGCUCUUUAUGUGUUACUCGAUGUGAACUAUUUUAUUCGAACCUUAUUCUCUAUCUACGUGCUGCACUAUCUGCGGGGGAGGCUGAAGGUCCUCGAUGAAUCCAACUCCUACGGAAUAUGCACCCCGCAGGAUAUGGAUAGAAACGGUUGCAUGAACAAUGCGAGAUAUCUUCGAGAAUUGGAUUUUGCGCGGUUUCUUCAUUCUAGUAGAAAUGGACUCUUUUGGGCAGUUAUCAAAAAGGGUACAACCGUAGUAGGAGCUUCCGUGAGCCAUUACUAUCAUGGCAUUCCUGUUUUUACGCCCUACAGAAUUGUCACUAAGGCGCUGUACUGGGAAGAGAAAUACAUAUAUAUGCAUCAAAAGUGCAUCACUCUACACGACAAUCUUGUUCGCGCUGAAUCUGUCACCAAGCAAGUUUUGAUAGGACCGGAGAUAAACAUGAUCAAAAUCGUUACGGAUCUGGAGCCGAACACUCAUUCUCCUGACCUAUCGGAGGAUCUGAAAUUGUGGAUCGAAUCCUUGGAAGAAACAUCGAAAAAGUUUAGAAAGAACUAUUGAAGUGUUAUGUGAGUGAUUUUAUUGAGUUUGUUUUGUUUAAAAUCUGGGAUGAUGCGGAAAUGUAUAUCAUAAAAUACUGUCACAAGGAAAAAUGUAUUUUUAAAUUAAUGUAUUGAUUCCAAGAAAUCUUAA